GACUAGCAUCCCAUCUAGGGGGACGUAAAAAUAAACCUAGUCGCUUCAUGUUACAGAACCGGGACGAGCUCCGGCCAGAGGGGCCACUUCGCCGGUAUGCAGACUUGACCUUUACCUUACUGACCACAAGACAAAUAAUCAUAGUUGAACCUUGAACUGUGUUUUUCAGAGCUGGAAGGGAUAUGAAAUGUUAAGCAAACUGUUUAGAGACGGAUUGGCCUGAUGUAUGCGUAAAACUCUAGACCUAAUGGCCCAGGUUGGAGCGUUCUCCAAGGGUCACUGAGCUGUGUUCCUAAGCACAUCAUCUAAUUUUGGAAUGAUUUCCGCCACCUUGUGGUAUAAAUAGGGUCGCCUAGGUGCCAGGCCAACCUAAUCUGCGGUCGGGCGUUGCUUUUCUGGGCAAACGAGAGAAAAAUGAACGCCUGCUCGAGGUUAGGUCAAAAGGUAACCUAGAAGGGACUUACACGUCAUCGAGACGAGCAAGGAUUCACGCUCGGAGGCUGGGAAUAGCUUUACUAGUGUGUGCAUAGCUACAGUAUUUACCAUUGGAAAGCUUAUCAUGAAUUUUGGAACUUAUACACAGAAUGGUUGCUUUCCAUCACCUCUGAUUAGACCAGUGACGAGCAAUUAAAGUAACAAAGUGUCCUAUACUAUUACUAGUCCAUGAUAUGAACUGUACAUGUUUUGGUGACUAAACUAUUUUCCCAUCUUCCACAGACCAUCACGUUCAGCUCGCGAAAUUAUCCCACUUGACAAGUGGGAACUCCUUCCAGGGCAAAUAGAAUACGGGGAAGAGCUGGGCCGAGGAGCGUUUGGUGUGGUUUACAAAGCAAGUCUAAAAAGACGAGUUGGGAUAGAAGUAUUUGACACUGAAAAAAUACUGAAGCCAGAGGAGCCAUGCCAGGUGGUUGCUGUGAAAGUGUUGCAAGAUGAUCCAAGCGAACAACAAAAAGAGGAGUUCUUGCAGGAGAUCGAGCAGAUGAAGCUGUUGGGUGCACAUCAGAAUAUUGUGUCCCUGGUUGGGUGUUGCACUUUGCAGGAGCCCAAAUUCCUGGUGAUAGAGUAUGUUCCUUUUGGUGACUUGUUGCAUUGGUUACGACGCAGAAGACAAAAGAACAAUCAAAACCAGACUACUGGGGAUAAAGAGGAGAGAAAGUGUUAUGAAGAUAAAGAGACGUUUAAUUCUCGAGAAGAAGAGAGCGGAUGUGGGCAAGUCAAUACUGUUGCCAUUCAGGAAAAAGACCAUAAUCAGAAAGAGAUCAAUCAACCACUGCCAGGACAAACUUUGCAGAUGAUAGAGUUGCCUCCGUCACCAGAUAACAGAGAUAUCACCCUUGGUACAACCAUGUCCUCUGGGAAUCUUUCAAAAGAAACGAGUAACGAUUUUCUGGAUGAGAAAAACUUCGAGAUGCUGUCGAUACCAUCGACAUCACAUGGAGUCAGCAACUCUUCUGGCAUAUCCAUAUCAACUGAAAGUGUUUAUGAUGAUAGCUAUGACGAUGAAGAAGAAACAGAUAGCUUUGAUGCUCAAAAGCUGCUUUCUUUUGCUUGGCAAAUAGCAAAGGGAAUGAAUCAUCUCGCAGAGAAAGACUUAAUUCAUCGUGACCUUGCAGCCCGUAAUAUUCUGGUUGGCAAUGAUGGCCGAGUCAAAGUGUCAGACUUUGGAUUGAUGCGGCAAAUCUAUGAGGACGUGUACAGCGGGAAGAACACGAAGAAGCUUCCUGUAAAAUGGAUGGCCCCAGAAUCAAUUUUUGACAGCACUUAUACCAUCAAGAGUGACGUCUGGUCCUUUGGUAUACUUCUUUGGGAAAUGGCCACCAUGGGAGGUGUUCCUUAUCCCACGUUGAGUAACUCAGAGCUGUAUAGACUUUUGAAGACUGGUUAUCGCAUGGAAAGGCCUGAUAUGUGUUGUAAUGAAGUGUAAGUAGCUAACUUGGUAGAGUCCUACGCUAUUAACCUUGUGGAAAGUGAACUGAUCAACAUGACACAAGCUUAGGACACAGAAAAAAUCUGAGUCCCCGACAGGA